AACUAGAGACGGAGGAGGUGUCUCCCAGCAUUACAGUGAAGCUGUGCCUAUCUGUGUGUGAGUCUCUGGAUUCAGCGUUGCUUGAGGGAUUUAUUAAAGCAAGUCAAGAGUCAUGGGCUGAUCUUAAGACUAACCUCAUCUGUCAGCUUUUUCAACUAGUAAAGGGAGUCAAAGAUUCCCAUCAUCCUUUCGAGUUGAGUAGAAGAUCAAGAAACUGUGAAAUCAUGGCUGAAAAACCCAAGUUGUAUUAUUUUGAUGGAAGAGGCAAGAUGGAGCCCAUACGAUGGCUGUUAGCAGCUGCUGGUGUGGAGUUUGAAGAGGAAUAUUUGGAGACAAGAGAGCAAUAUGAGAAGCUGCUUCAAGAUGGAUCGCUGCUGUUCCAGCAAGUGCCCAUGGUGGAGAUUGAUGGGAUGAAGAUGGUGCAGACUCGAGCCAUUCUCAGCUACAUUGCAGGGAAACACAACCUCUACGGGAAGGACCUGAAGGAGAGAGCUAUAAUUGACAUGUACGUGGAAGGAACAACAGACCUCAUGGGGCUCAUUUUGAUGUUCCCAUUCUUAUCAACUGAAGACAAAGAGAAGCAGCUUGCCACAAUCAUUGAAAAAGCAACUAAAAGAUAUUUCCCUGUCUAUGAAAAGGUACUGAAAGAUCAUGGACAAGAUUUCCUUGUGGGCAACCAGUUCAGCUGGGCAGACGUACACCUGAUGGAAGCUAUUUUGAUGGUUGAAGAGAAGUCCUCCAAUGUUCUGUCUGAGUUCCCUCAACUGCAGGCUUUUAAAACAAGGAUCAGUGACAUUCCUACCAUUAAGAAGUUCCUGGAGCCAGGCAGCCAAAGGAAACCUGUUCCUGAUGACAAAUACGUGGAGACUGUGAGAAGAGUCCUCCAGAUGUACCACAGUGUGAAAGCAACUUAGGGGAGUUAGCCAAAGAAGUUCUGUUGAACACAAUGGAAUUACAGUUACUCCUGCCUAAUAAUGAUUGCUGUGAAAGGCUCUUCCAGUAAAUCCCAUGCUGUUGUGUUAGAUUCCAGAAAUGCUACAUGAUGUUUCAUAACUUGCGAGUGAGCUGCUAAUUUAGGUUUCUGAUCAAGAUGCUAGUGGCAAUCUGUAGCACUGUAUGUACAGGCCAAAUCCCUUUUGUUGUUUCAAACCAGAGUAAACUUGGAAUCAGUGAGAACAUUUAUGUAAAUCGUAUUGAUCAGAUGGAUCUGUGAUUAUUGGGAUUAACAGCUGGGUUUUGACUAAAGAAUUUACUGAACAAGCUUGAAAAA